AAAGGGACAGCUGAAGAAGCUGUUACAGCAUCGAUAUUUACUUCUAGUGACUUAACCAUGGCUCUCUCAGCUGAUGACAAGAAGCACAUUAAGAGCUUUUGGCAACCAGCCGCAGCUCAUUCUGAAAAGUUGGGUCCAGAAGCUUUGCACAGGCUGUUUAUCUCAAGCCCUCAGACCAAGACUUACUUCCCCAAAUUUGACUUCCACAAGGACUCUCCUCAUAUCAGAGCUCAUGGUAAGAAGGUAUUUGAUGCCCUGACGGAGGCUGCAAACCACCUGGACAACAUCCCAGGAUGCCUGAGCAAGCUCAGUGACCUCCAUGCUUAUGAUCUGAGAGUGGAUCCUGGCAAUUUUGCUCUGCUGACUCAUCAUCUCCUGGUUGUGUUUGCCAUCCACUUUCCUGAAAAGUUUGAUACUCUUACACACCAGGCUCUGGAUAAGUUCCUGGUUGCAGUUUCUGGAGUUCUGACAUCUAAAUACCGUUAAGGGACACCAUUCUUAUUGGUCAAGGGUUAUGUUUCAGCCCUGCUUGUCAGACACAAGAAAUUUGUUCAAAAUCCAUGAAUGUGAAAAAAUAAACAUGUUCAAAUUACCUUA